UUGUAUGUGACCAUCAAAAUUCAAACAGAACCAACAAAAACAUUUAUACAGAACUAACAAAAGUGUGAUAAUGGCAGAAGGAAAAGGAAGAGUUUGUGUAACAGGAGGUACAGGUUUUCUUGGUUCAUGGAUCAUCAAGAGUCUCCUUGAAAAUGGUUACUCUGUUAAUACCACUGUUAGAGCUGAUCCAGAGAAAAAGAGAGAUCUCAGCUUUCUCACAAAUCUCCCAGGAGCAUCCGAGAAACUAAAAAUUUUCAUUGCUGAUCUUGCCGAACCUGAAAGUUUCAACGAGGCAAUCGAAGGGUGCGUUGCAAUAUUCCACACCGCCGCUUCGGUUGAUUUUGAAGAGAAAGAACCAGAAGAAAUAGUGACAAAAAGAAGCAUUGAAGGAGCUUUAGGAAUUCUAAAAGCAUGCAAAAACUCUAAGACGGUGAAGAGAGUGGUUUACACUUCAAGUGCUUCUGCUGUUUACUGUCAAGACAAAGAAAAAGCAAAAGAUGUUAUGGACGAAAGUUAUUGGAGUGAUAUAGACAUUCUUAGAAAUCAUAAACCAUUUGGUUGGGCUUAUUCGGUUUCUAAGACACAAGCUGAGAAAUCUGUUCUUGAGUAUGGAGAACAAAAUGGGCUGGAUAUUGUGACUAUUAUACCAACUAUUAUUGUUGGACCCUUCAUUUGCCCUAAGCUUCCUACCUCUGUUUAUGGUACACUGCCUUACUUAUUCGGUAAUACCGACAGCAGUCCAAUAUCUCGUUUCCAUAUGGUGCAUGUUGAUGAUGUUGCACAAGCACAUAUAUUCUUACUUGAACAUCCUAAUCCAAAAGGGAGAUACAAUUGUUCACCAUUUCUUGCAACUGUCGAGGAAGUAGUUGACAUUGUUUCUUCAAAGCAUCCUGAAUUUCAAAUUCCAAAUUCAAAAUUGCUUGAGGGACCUAAAGGUCUUGAGCUUCCACAUUUAACAUCAAAAAAACUGACUGAUGCUGGAUUUGAAUUCAAGCAUAGUAUUGAGGAAAUGUUUGAGGAUGCGAUUCAAAGUUGCAAAGAAAAGGGGUUUUUUUGAACCAUGAGUUUAACGAGAUGAUUAAUCAUAGCUAAUAAAUAAGAUGUCAUUGGACAUGACUUAAUAUUUGUGUCUUUUAGUAUUUGAGUUGUAGCUGUCUCCUCGGAUGGGCGGUGCUUCGUAGAAUCGAUGUUUCUCCAGAGUUUGUUCUCCUUUUCAAGACUCCCAUGGCGGCAGUUUGGGUGUUAAUUGCUUUCUUUUGUCCCUUUUUGUUGUACUUAAACAUUUUCCUGUUUUUAUUGUUGUUACUGUCUGUUUUUUAUAUUUGGCACUGUUUGUACUAGUCUGAAUAUGUGUCUGUUGUUGUAAGGUUGGAAAUUUUUUUUGAACAUAUAUGAUUAAUGUGUUCAAAUAUGUGAUAAUACCAUUAUGGUAAAAGAUUAAUAAAAAGUCAAAAAAUAUAGUUCAAUCAAUGGGCAAAUGAUUUGAUUUAAAAUA